CAAUUAUAAUUUCUUUCUCUUGGUGAGUCUUUGCUCUCUCUAUUCUUUCUUUUAUAAAAAUAAUUUUUGUCAUCACUCUUAUCUUUAGUAAGUAUUUUUCAUACACCAGAAUUUAAGAAAUGUGGGUGUUCGAGAGGUUCAAACACACAUUUUAACACUCAAAGUUUUAAGAUAGAAAUAAGAAAUUAAGAAUGUGGAAGUUGAAAAUUGCAAAAGGAGAAGAUGGGCCAUAUUUGUUCAGCACAAACAACUAUGUUGGGCGACAAAUAUGGGAGUUCGAUCCAAAUGCUGGAACUGCAGAAGAACGGGCUGAGAUCGAACAGGCCCAUCAACAAUUUUGGAACAAUCGUUAUAAAGUCAAGUCCAAUAGCGAUCUUCUUUGCCGAAUGCAGUGUCUCCGAGAAAAGAAUUUCAAACAGAAUAUUCCAUCAGUAAAAGUGGAUGAAGGUGAAGAAAUUAGCCAUGAAGUUGCUACAAUUGCAUUACGUAGAGCUGUUCAUUUCUUCUCAGCUUUACAGGCUAGUGAUGGACAUUGGCCUGCUGAAAUUACUGGUCCUCUCUUCUUUGUUCCGCCUCUUGUUAUGUGUAUGUAUAUCACUGGGCAUCUUAAUACAGUAUUCCCAGCUGAGCAUCGUAAGGAAAUUCUUCGGUAUUUAUAUUGUCACCAGAAUGAAGAUGGUGGAUGGGGUUUGCACAUUGAAGGUCACAGUAAUAUGUUCUGUACUGCUCUGAGUUAUAUAUGCAUGAGGAUACUUGGAGAAGGACCAGAUGGUGGCAAAAACAAUGCAUGUGCUAGAGCAAGGAAAUGGAUUCUUGAUCAUGGUAGUGUCACUGCAAUUUCUUCUUGGGGAAAAACAUGGCUCUCGAUUCUUGGAGUUUUUGAAUGGUUAGGAACUAAUCCAAUGCCACCUGAGUUUUGGCUUCUUCCAUCUUUUCUUCCCAUGCAUCCAGCAAAAAUGAUGUGUUACUGCCGAAUGGUCUACAUGCCAAUGUCUUAUCUCUAUGGGAAGAGAUUUGUUGGUCCAAUCACACCUCUCAUUUUUAAACUGAGGGAAGAAUUAUAUGAUCAACCAUAUGAUGAAAUUAACUGGAAAAGAGUACGCCAUAUGUGUGCAAAGGAGGAUCUCUAUUACCCUCGUCCAUUGGUUCAAAAUUUGGUGUGGGACAGUCUCUACAUAUGUACUGAGCCUCUGUUGACUCGUUGGCCUUUCAACAAGCUGAGAAAUAAAGCUCUUGAAGCUACCAUGAAACAUGUACAUUAUGAAGAUGAGAAUAGCCGAUACAUCACCAUCGGCUGUGUUAAUAAAGUGUUGUGUAUGCUUGCAUGUUGGGUUGAGGAUCCAAAUGGCGAUUAUUUCAAAAAACAUCUUGCUCGGAUUCCAGAUUAUUUAUGGGUAGCUGAAGAUGGAAUGAAAAUGCAGAUUUUCGGUAGUCAAUCAUGGGAUACUAGUUUUGCUAUUCAAGCUCUAUUGGCCAGUGAGAUGAAUGAUGAGAUAUCGGAUACUCUUAGAAAAGGACAUGACUUCCUAAAAAAAUCUCAGGUGAAAGACAAUCCUUCUGGUGAUUUUGAAGGGAUGUAUCGGCAUAUCUCAAAAGGAUCAUGGGCUUUUUCAGAUCAAGAUCAUGGAUGGCAAUUAUCUGAUACUACCGCCGAAGCAUUAAGGUGCUGCCUUCUCUUCUCGACAAUGCCUUCCGAAUUAGUUGGUGAGGCAAUGGAACCUGCACGACUGUAUGACUCGGUGAACAUUAUUCUUUCCUUACAGAGCAAAAAUGGGGGUGUAUCUCCAUGGGAGCCUUCAGGGGGCUCAGAGUAUUUGGAGUUGCUCAAUCCAAUUGAAUUUUUGGAAGACGUUCUCAUUGAACAUGAGUAUGUUGAGUGCACUGGCUCGGCAAUCCAAGGACUUGUUCUGUUUAAGAAGCUAUACCCUGGUCACCGAACCAAGGAGAUUGACAAUUUCAUUGAUAAUGCUGUUAAAUAUAUUGAAGAUGUACAGAAGCCUGAUGGUUCUUGGUAUGGUAUCUGGGGUGUGUGCUUCACAUAUGCCGCCUGGUUUGCUCUUGGAGGGCUUGCCGCAGAAGGCAAGUCGUAUAGCAACUGUGCCGCUGUUCGUAAAGGCGUAGAAUUUCUUCUAAGAACCCAAAGGCCUGAUGGCGGUUGGGGAGAAAGCUAUCGUUCUUGUCCUGACAAGGUAUACAGAGAUCUACAAACAGAUCACUCAAAUCUUGUACAAACUGCAUGGGCAUUGAUGGGAUUGAUUCAUUCUGGCCAGGUUGACAGAGACCCAAGGCCUCUCCACCGUGCGGCAAGGCUGUUGAUUAAUUCUCAAAUGGAAGAUGGUGGCUUCCCACAGCAGGAAAUUACUGGAGCUUUCUUUAAGAAUUGCAUGUUGCACUAUGCAGCUUACAGAAAUAUAUUUCCACUGUGGGGUUUGGCAGAAUACCGCAAAAAUGUCCUAUUACCAUUAAAACACAACUGAAUAUAUAGGAUGCAAUUUGGUCCUUAAGAAAUAAAGUAGUUUAUUGUUUAUGUUAAUGUAAGUGAUGUAACAAUGUCUAAGAUCAUUAUAAUUCUCUCAAGAAGGUGAUUUGUUCUUCAAUUAAUCUAUAUAAGUUACUGUUGAUGAUUGAGUUGAUUA